AUGGAGAAGGAGCGUGUGGAGGUGCGCACGCGGCCGAGGCCACCGCUGCCGGCGUCGCAGCAGCGCGCGGUGGACCAGUUCUGGAUGGAGCGCCAGGAGGAGAUCGAGGCGACGGUGGACUUCAAGGGCCGGAUGCUGCCCAUGGCCCGGCUGAAGAAGGUCAUCGUCCGCGCCACCGAGGAUGACGAGGACGGCAUGAUGAUCUCCGCGGACACGCCGGCGUUCCUCUCCAAGCUAUGCGAGCUCUUCGUGCAGGAGCUGGCCGUGCGCGCCUGGGCGUGCGCCCGCUCCCACAACCGCCGCAUCAUACUCGGCGCCGACAUCGCCGAGGCCGUGGCGUCCACCGAGUCCUACGACUUCCUCCUCCCCGUGCUCCUCGACCACCUGCACCUGGUGGCGCACGGCGGACGUGCUGCGCCGGCGACGGCGAGGCUCGUCACCAGGAAGCGCCACAUGCCAGACCCGGACCCUCGACGUGCAGCGCGGAGAGCCGCUCCCCGUGUUCGUCCGGUCGUUUCCCCGGCGCCACCCUCCAGCGCCCGCUACGCGCCGUAUCCGAUCCCGCGUGUGCUGCGAGAAUCGGCACCUCCCCCGGAGGAUGAGCUCACCCUGCCAGCGCCACCCAUGAACUACACGACAAGGGGCUGCGUCUUCUUCAGGGACGGCAACACUUUUGAAGGUGAUAACUCCGCUGCUGAAAUGGUGAGAGCUCCUCCUCCUUUGGCAGCGUCUGCAGCAGGAGAGCUACAGACCAGCACUGUUCCUCCUGCUCCUUUCUACUUCUACUCUUACCCGGUGAUCGACGACAAUCUUGACGCAUUCGCUCUUGGCAACACCGAACCGGGUGGAAACACUGAAAAUCCUGCCGGAAAUGCCGACGGAAACGUCAAUGGUGCUAUUGGUGUCGCUCAUGGUGGCCAGCAGCAGGAGCUGAGCGGAAACCUUGGCAACACUGAUCCGAGUAGAACUGGGAACGAGUCCCCAAUGCACUACAUGCUUCUGGAGGAGGUCCUGCUGGAUCAAGACCUGCUGUUUCCUCCUGACGCUGCUGAUAUGUUUCCGGUGGUGAGCGCCCUGCCGGAUCCGGAGGAUUUCAUCAUCGACCAAGAUGUUCUUCACGACGUCUUCGCCGACCCAAGCAGCAGCAGCAGCAGUUGCAGCAACUAA